CUUUUGACCCUGCGCCUGCGGCUCCUCGGGCGCGCCCGUGGGCCCCCCGGCCAGGCCUGGAAACCGCCGCCGCAGCGGGUGGUCGGUCGCUGGCUCGGAUCUAACUUGGAGUAGAGAGAGAGAGAGAGAGACUUGAGAGUGAGAACGAGCGCAUGAUAGGGAGUGUGUGAGAGGGCGAGAUCCUGCCCAUGUUCUCACCGUUGAAACGCAGUUACUCUAUCCAAUCCCACCUUCCCCCUGUACAACCAACUCAAGAACCGGCGUUCAAUUUUCCCCUCUGUGCCCUGGCCAUGGGGUGUCGCGUGUGUCGGGCGAGAAAGGUCAAGUGCGAUGGCCGUCCCAACGGGUGUCGCAACUGCGAGCGCCUGCAGCUCGACUGCGUGGGCGACGACAGCGGCGCCGCAUCGCUGCUGCUGGCCGACGGCGGCAAGGGCGAGGGGAGCAGCAGCGGCAGCAACUUGAAGCCCGGCGGCGUCGGCGCGCUGCGCAAGAUCCGCACCUACCGCUCGUGUCAGAGCUGCCGGCUCAGCAAGACCAAGUGCAACGGCGACAGGCCGCGGUGCGCGCGGUGCGUGACCAAGGGGACCGAGUGCGUCUACGAUGGGGGGUCGGCGCCGCGCUGGACGAGGAGCCUCAAGAGGGGAGGGGGAGGGAGCGUCGACAUCAAGGCCGAGCGGCGCGAUGAUGGCGAAGACGAUGCGGUUGCCGCGUCUUCGUUGUCGCCGCGGUCGCCGCCUCUGCCGACCUCUGGACCCGCGACGACAACAGAAGGACGUGGGGACGGAAGUGAAGCAGCGUCGUCGUCGAGAGCUUCGGCCGAGGCGAGGGCGUCUGGCGAGGGCGUGGGCUUUGCUGCUGCUGCUACUGCCUCGGUCGGUGGCGGUGGCGGCGGCGAUGUGACGCCCUCGCAUCCGCUAUCGUGGCUCCUCUCCCCCGAGCUGCCGUCCGGUCGCAGCCUGCGCCGCGUCGUCGAGCAGUACUUUGCCAACGUGCAUCCGCUGCGGUGCUUCGCCUUUGUGCACAAGCCGUCCUUUAUGCGCCAGCUGGACCGCGGCUUCGCGUCCGACGACGAGUCGGCGCUGCUGCACAUCAUCUGCGCCCACGGAGCCAAGUUCCUGCUGCUCGGCAGCGGCGCGGGUGACCUGACGCCGCCGCCGCCGCCGGCAGGGCUCCGGGGUGCCGGCAACCAGUGGGCACGACGGGCCGAGUAUUUGCUGCUGGCCAACUUUGGCAAGAUAUCAGUGCAACGGCUGAUGACGGCCAUCCUCCUCCACGACUUCCACUUCCGCCUCGGCGAGUACGGGCAGGCGCUCAUGAUCAGCGGCCUCGCGGUGCGCAUGGCCCACGCGCUCAAGAUCAACGCCGAGUACAACGCCGACGUGCUGUGCGCCGACGAGCGCGACGCGGCGGCGCCGUCGGUGGCCUCGCGCGAGUCGCGACGGCGCCUCAUGUGGGCGUGCUACGUGCUCGACGCGUGGGCGGGCUCGGGCGUCGACCAGCUGACGCUGCUGCGCGAGGGCGACAUCAAGAUCCAGCUGCCGUGCAACGAGCGCAACUUCGGCCUGCGCAUCCCCUCCGUCACCGAGACGCUCGGCGUCGGCCACGUCCUGCAGUUUCUGCCGCCGGCCAUUGUGCCGCGCCGUCCGGCCGCCAACAUGGGCAUCAUGGCCUACUACAUUCGCGUCGUCGCCCUGUGGAAGCGCAUCGUCCGCUACGUCGCCGGGCAUCACGGCCUGGGCGACGACCGCCCGCCCCCCUGGCAGCCCGACUCGCACUUUGCCGCCCUCGACGCCGACCUGCAUCUGUGGCGCCGCGAGCUGCCCGACUUUGUCGAGUACUCGACCGAGACCAUCUACGCGCGCCUCGACUCGAACCAGCUGGGCGCCCUCGUCCUCAUCCACUGCACCUACCACCACAACUACCUCGAGCUCUACAAGAUCACCAUGCCCGACCUCUUCAAGCUGCCCAAGCCCGUCGUCUUCCCCCCCGAGCACCACGAGUUCCUGCGCACCAUGCAGGCCAACUGCUAUUACCACGCCGCCCAGAUCGCCGACAUCCUCGCCGAGGCCGCCGAGCACGGCGCCCGCCUCCUCUCGGACAGCCUGCUGCCCUUCUUCAUCUACGACAGCAGCCGCGUCAUGCUGUACUAUGUCGCCCGGCUGCUGGACCCGACGCGGCCGGACGCCGAGACCAAGAUGCGGGAGGCCAUCCGCGCCGUGGAGAGCAACAACCGCGUGCUGAGGCUCAUGUCGACGCUGUUUCCGAUUGCUUCGAGUUUGUCGACGACGAUAGAGCGAUGGCUCGCCAAGCUGCAGCGAGCCGUAAGCCAGGACGACCUGGUGAGCAGCCUGCAGUCGGAGCACCGGCUCGAGGCGCACCGUUCCGAGCUGCUAAACGGCGCACGCGAGUCGUCCGAGUUCAUCCUGCCGCCACUGCACUCGCUCGCCCGUACCGGCGGCGUCGGCGGCGGCUCCCUCACCCCCGACAACACGAAGCGGACGCCGGGGCUGUCCUCGAGCGGCGGCGGCACGGGAAGCGUGCCCGACUCGCCGGCGUGGAGCACCGUCAACCCCAACGCGGCCAGCGCGUCGUGGGACGGCACCAGCGCGGCGGCCCAUCAGCUCGUCGGGCUGAGCGCGCAGGCGGCGCAGGCGAGCGGCUUGCAGCACGAGCGGCCGGUCCUGCCCCCUCAGCAGCUGCUGCAGCAGCAGGGCGGCGCCGCGGGGCUGAAGCGCCAGGGCAGCCAGCCCAUGUGCGAGGCGCUGGAUCUCGACGACUUGCAGAGCUUCCUGAGCUGGGACAUGUACGGCAUCAUGGAGAUGGGAGGGGGCGUGUUCAACGACGACAUGGACGACUCGGUAUCGCAGUCGUGGACGGGGGCGAUAUGAGCAGGUGCGACGUCAUUGUUGGAGUUUGUUCCGCCUUGCCAAGGGUGACGGAGUAUGUUGAAUCUUGUGACUUUUCAGUUUCUGUUGGUGAGUUAGAUGCUGGCUGGCGUAUAUAUAUCAGGGGCAGGGCCGAGGAGCGACAUUGAGGAUACCACGGGCAAAAGAACGAAGUACCAGAGAAACAACGGGCAUGAAGGAGGCUCGGAGAAUGCAAGGUGAGAUAGAUAGACGGAGUAUAUGGAAUACCACCGGGGAAUGAGGCGGUGGAUAAAGAAACGCUUUAUUAGACGCUGUGGAGACGGCGGUUCGGGGCGCUCGUCUCGACGGUCCGAAGCCGAGGCAUGCGCCCAUCGGCCGGAUCGGCUACGGGGUCCGUAUUUCGGUGGGGCCCGCCGCGGUCGGAGCGGUGAUUUGGCGACCGGAG